AUGGCUGGCCCAACAGGUGGAAGGCCGGUGUGGAAGGGCAAUCACCCAGUCGGACAAAUCAAUGCACCACGGCCUCUGUACAAGUUUGCCGCUACUGGACUGGGAGCAGCUAUGUGGUUCUUUUUAUUCUACAGGAUGAAGCAGGACGGCCCUGCGCUGUUGGGAUGGGAACACCCAUGGGACCACGGAUCGCAUUCGCAUUCCAAGGAGGGCGAAAGCCACUGA